CUUUGCAUAUGCUGCUUGAUAAUAUCACCCUCAAAAUAUUUCUCACACCAGACUAAAUCUCUCCCAUAAAACAUCAAACUAAUCCAAGUGGGCAGCCGAAAUCACUUAAAAUCCCAAUCCCCUCUUCUAUAGCUAUGCAUAUAUAUCCAUGAAUGAAUCUUAAGCCUACCCAAUCUUCAAAAAACCAAGCCAAAAAUACGGUAAUAACAAAAAUCCCAGAGAGAUAAAAAUGCCUGCAUCACUACAGCUCCAGAGAGCCGCCAUCCCCGCCACAACAACCACCCUUGCUUGCCACAAACAAUCACAAACCACCGUGAACACAUGGCGGGUCCCACUGACAUGGGACGCUCCCGUACCUGACUACGUUUCUUGCCACCACACGCGUUUAGUGGGGCCCAGCCAGUGCUGCUCCGUGGUGGUCAAGACCAUCAAUGCACCAGUCUCCACCGUUUGGUCGGUAGUCCGUCGUUUCGAUAACCCCCAGGCUUACAAACAUUUUCUUAAGAGCUGUCAUGUCAUCGACGGAGACGGAAACGUUGGCUCCCUCAGGGAGGUACACGUGGUGUCUGGCCUCCCUGCAGCAUCAAGCACGGAGAGGCUUGAAAUUCUUGACGAUGAACAACAUGUUUUGAGCUUUAGUGUGGUCGGUGGCGUUCACAGGCUAAAUAACUACCGGUCUGUUACCACGCUUCAUGCUUCUCCAAACGGGAAUGGGACAGUUGUCGUUGAAUCAUACGUCGUGGAUGUACCAGCUGGUAAUACUAAAGAGGACACAUGUAGUUUUAUUGAGACAAUUGUACGGUGCAACCUACAAUCUUUGGCUCAGAUUGCUGAGAAAAUGGCGAGGAAUGUCCAGAUUUCUUCAUCAUCAUGAGUGUUUGUUUUGAUUGAGACUUUUUAAUUAUUAUUUUUUUGUUUUCGAUUUGGGUUGGAUUGGUGAUCAUCAUGGACUCUUGAUCGAUGCCCUUAUUGGAAAUUCAUAGAUCGGUGAACGGCGCUCGAGGGUGAUAUGGUAUAUUUUGAUGUUGUACAUGUCGACUUUGUUUCCCUUCGAGAUAAUUACUACUACAUUAGCACAUAAUCAUAGUGAAUUUAUAAA